UUAAUUUAAUUUGUGCACUUUUAAAAUUACAUAAAGUAUGUUUGCAAAUUUAAAAAACAAAUUAAUUGAAGAAGUCAAAUCUUCAAAGUUUCAGCAAUUUGCGAGCGCAGCACAGGCUGCAGUCUCCUCAUCCACAAGUACGACACCCAGCUCUGACUCGACAGCAACAACAAAUGAAAAUUUUUUUAGCAUAACUGAAGAAGAUACACCGCAAAACUCACCUCAUAAGGAACAUAAACUGCCACUUGGUGCUACACGUGCACGACCCCCUACACCGCAAAAAUUAAAUAAUGGCACUGGUGCAAUCCCACGUACACGUAAAUUAUCCAAUUCAUCAAUGGCAAGUGAUGUUUCUUUUCGUUUGCCUUCUUAUGAAGCAACUGCCGUUUAUCAUUUGCAAUCAGAUUGGGAUGCAUCAGGUAGUGAAAUGGAUGAUUCCGCUUCGACAACAAAACUCGAUAUUAUAUCUAAGGAACAAUUAUAUGACGCAUACAGAAAAUCUAUAGAUCGGUAUCAUAAAUACCGCUGUCGCUACACAGAUUUGGCAAAAAAAUAUAAGGACUUGGAACGUGACAGUGCCAAAGCCAGAUCGGUACUUGUCGAGACACAAGAUAAAGCUAUUCGACGUAUCAGUGAACUACGUGAGCAAUGCACUUUAGAGCAACAAGCAAAGGCUCAUCUUGAAGAAGCGUUACGUAUAGAGAUGGAUGAUCUGCAGUGUAAGAUGCAAGCGUAUCAAACGAAGCUUUCACUACUUGGUGAAAAUCCAGAAAAUGUGUCAUUGCAAGAAGUGAAUGGUACAAUAAGCAAAAAUAAUUUAAUUGACUUAGACAGUAUAACAGAAAAUGAAACACAGGAUAAACUAUUAAAACUGGAACGUCAACUGCAGGAACGCGAUAUGCAACUUGAGCAAAUGAAUAAAAAGUUGAACGAAUCAACAACAAGUAUAGAACUGUUGAAAAAACAGGAAGAAGAAAAUGUUCUACUUUUAGCUCAAACAAAGCAAGCGAUACAUUCUGAACUGGAAAAUAAGGAAAAAGAAGUUCAAACGCUGACGGAAACGCUUAAACAGAAACAAACUGAAUUGCAACUCGUAAAAGAUUCUGAGGCACUUUUAAAUUCGCAACUUAUAGAGUUCAAGGAAUUGAAAGAAACUGUGAAAAAAAUUUUGUUAAGUAAACAAGAGUUGGAAGCAAAAGUUAUAGCCAGUGAGCAUAACUUAAAGCAACUUAAAGUACAGCAUGAAUUGAAAGAGACGGAAUUUAUAGAUGCGGAAAAAAAAAUUGCUGAAUUAUUGAAGGAACUUGAACGGAAUAGUUCUAAUAUACAACAGCAAAAUGAACAACUAAGCCAGAUAAUGCAACGCUUUGAUAAUCAGGACAAUAUAACUAAAGGCGCAAAAAGUGAGAAUGAUUACUUUGCUUCCCUUGUGGUUACACUUGAUGCCAAAUUACAGGAGUAUGAAGCAAAACUAAAAGAACAGGAACAAGCUCUGACGAAAAGCAGUGAAACUGAUAAUAUAAGAGAUGAUGCACUUAAAGUAGACCAACUUAAAAAAGAAUUGGAGGAUUUAAAAUUACAAAAAGACAUUCAGGACCAGCACAUCCAAAAAUUGGAAGCUGAAAUUAGAGAAUCUAAAGAGCAAACUGUGAAUAAUGAAAAUCAAGCAGUCAAUGUACUUAAGGAGGAAAUAAGUAACUUAAAUAAAAGUUGGAAAGAACAAGUAGAUCAUAUCAGUGAGGAACUUGCCAUCAAAGAUAAAGAACUUUCUGGAACAAAUAGUAAAUUGACAAAACAAAAGAAACAGUACGAUAACUUGCAAAAUAAAGUAAAAAAUCAAAACGAGGAAAUUGAAAAAUUGAAAAUCGAAAUUAAUAAACACGAGGAAAAUUUACAAAUGAUGUUAAAUGACUCGAAACAAGUUGAGAUUGAGAAGAAACAACUGGAGAGUCAAGUCACAAACAUCUUACAAGAAAUCUCACAAAUGGAGAACCAAAUGAGUUUAGUACAACGUUCUCAUGCUGAAUUGGAAAAAGAGAAGGUUCUAUUAGAAACUCAUAUUGAGCAUAUGCAGCAAGAAACAUUAAAUGCUGCUGAGGGUACACAGCGCUGGCGCGAACUUCUCAAAGACACCGAAGAAAAAUUGAAGCAGGCAGAAGGAAAACUACAAAAUGUUCAAAGUGAAAACUCGCAAUUGGCUGAAAAGAAUUGUUUACUUGAAGAGAACACAAAUCGCUUGGAAAAGUUACUGACUGAAAAGGAUCGUUAUGAAGCGGUUGAAUCGACAAACAUGAGUGAAAUACGUGGUAAGCUGGAAACAGCGGAGAAUACUAUACAGAAACUAAAUGAGAAAAUGUCACAAGUGUUUGAUGAAAAUUCGCAUAUGCAGAAUGCGCAGGAACUAAUGGAUCACGAUUACCGAACACUACAAGAUAAAUACGAUUCUUUAGAAAAGGAAAAACUGUUACUAGAAGACGCGCAUAAUAGCUCAUGCAGCGAUUUACAACGUCUUAGAGAGGAAACAUCGUCUAUUGAAAGGAAACUAGAGGAAAUGGAAAAACAUUUACGAGAAUCUGAGAUUAAUUUAAGCGAAGAGGAAAGAAUAUCGAAAAAUCGUUUAGAAGAAAUUGAAGCUUUAAAUUCACAAUUAAGCGAAAUAAGAAUAACACAAUCUGAUGAUGAUAAAUUAAGAGAUUUACUAACAGAAAAGCAGAAACAGAAUGAGGCAUUAAUACAAAAAGAACUGGAUUUCAUGGCAAAAAUAGAAGAGAGUGAAAAUAGAGCUAAUUUAUUAGAAAAUGAAGUGAAAAAGUUAUCAGAUCAAAUUAAAGAUAUCGACAGUUCUAAUGAAAACCAAGUGGAGGCUCUUCAAACAGAAUUAUUAACAUUAAAAGAAGUUCUAAGAGAAAAAACAGAGGCAAAUAAUGAAUUAUUAUUAAGAAUGCAGGAUUAUGAUAAUAUUAAAAGUUUACUAGAAACCACACAAGCAGAAGUAAGCACUUUUGGCCAGUUAAGAAAACAAGUUGAACUUGAAUUAGAACAAAAACAUAAUUUGUUGGAAGAACGAAGUAAAAUUAUAGAAGAUUUACAGAAACAAUUGGGUGAUGAUGUACAAGUAAAAGAACGUUCUCUUGAAGUUGAGAAAGAAAUUGAAGUACUGCGUAAAACAGAAACAGAUAUGCGUGCCGAAUUGUCCACUGUCAAGAAAAAUCACACUCAACAACUCAAUGAUAUGCAAUUGAAAUUGCUCCGUUCUACAGAAGAUGUGGAAACAUUGCACGAAAGCAAUGAUGCCAUCCAACUCGAAAUGGAUCAAUUAAAAACCAAACACCAAUUGCAGAUGCAAAAAUUAGAAAAUGAGUUAAAGAACCUACAGCUAGAGCAUGAAAGACUUAAUACAGAAUAUCAAAACAUUAGUGUGGAUAGUGAGAAACUGGAGGAAUUUGAGCAGUUAAAACUCGAAAAUGAAUACCUAUACAAACAUACUAAACAGAUUCAAGAUGAGCUGGACCAGCAUAAAACGGAAGCACUUGAAAAACUGCAAGAGUCAAAUGAUACAAAAGAAAAAUUAAAGUCUUUGCAAUGUGAACUUUACGUACUUAAAGAAAAUGCCGAAAAGCAUGACGAAGAGAUAAAAGCAAAGGAUCUUGAAAUGUGUGCAAUAAAAGAAACUUCCGAACAUUUGAAAAAAACGCUGGAGGAUGAACAUGUUGAACUUGUGCGUCAAACUGAUCAUGCGAAAUAUGUAACGGAACAGAAUGACGCAGUACAAAAGGAUUUAUUGCACACCCAAAUGUUGUUGGCCGAUGUUGAACAGAAACUGCAAACGGUAAAAACGGAACUAGAAAAAACUCAACUGAACAAGUCUGAUGAAAUAAAAGCCAAAGAAAUUCUAGUAGAAAACUUACGUGCGGAUUUAGAUCGUAAUUCACAAACUAUAGAUGGGCUCAAUAGAGAAGUGAGUGAAUUGAAAACAGCAUUGGAAGAAAAACAAAAAUUACAAGAGGAAAUCAAAGCACUUAAAGUAGAAAUAACAGAACGUACCAAUACUCAGAAAGGAGGUAAUCCUUUCAGUGAAACAGAAACAACAAAAAUGGCUCAUAGUGAUUUAGAUCAUUUACGCAAAAUCAAUGAGUGCUUGCAACGUGAAUUAGAAGACUUAAAAUAUACAUCGAAGGCAGAUAUAUCUAGUUUGCAGCAAGAACUGGAAGAUAUGCAAAGCAAUGCAGCGCUAAUGACAGAGGAACUGAGGGAUUUAAAAGAAGCUAGCAAAGCCCAGUCUAACGAUACAAUUAAUUUAAAACCCCAACCGCAUACCAAUGUAUCUGCAAAUGGUAGUGAGUUUGAAGAUGAAAGAGUAGCACUCGAAGCAAAAUUAAAAUCAAUCAUGAGUGAAGUGCAAGAUGUGUCCAACCGUAACAUCUUUCUGGAACAAAAAUGUGAAAAUUACCUUAUACUAGAGCAAUCAAACGAACGGUUGAAGCUGCAAAAUGCGAAGCUGUCACGACAAUUGGAUGAGACUCUGGUAUCGAUGCAACAUAAUGAAGGCAUAACUGCGAAUACAGAAUUUGAGUACCUUAAAAAUAUAAUGUUUCAGUAUUUAACUGGCUCAGCAAAUGGCAACAAUGAAACCUUAGUGAAGGUAAUCUCAGCGGUACUUAAGUUCUCUCCACAGCAAACUCAAGUAGCUCUCGAAAAAGAGCAUCAACGACGUUCCUUGAUAAACAAAAUUCUAUAGCAUGAAAUGGAGCCUAUUUUAAGCAUUUGGUAGCAAUAGUUUGUGUUAGUUAAGCAAACAACGAAAGAAGUGAAAUUACUUUAUAUACCAUACAUAAACUAAUCACAUAAAGUACCUUAAUAGCAUGAGAUCAAUAUCUUUUAUUGUUGCAAUAGUUUGUUUUUUAGUUUUUGUAUAUAACAAAAAACAAAAAAAAAAAUUAAAAUG